GAAUGGAGCCCAACAUCCGGUCUACUACGUCAACAAGACCUUGAGAGAUGCGAAGUUAAGGUAUUCCCGUCCGGAAAAGGCCAUGUUAGCGGUCUUUUGGAUGGCGAAGAGAUUAACCCCGUACUUUCAGGCUCACCGGAUUGUUGUGCUCACUAAUGAGCCUUUGGCGUCACUUACCCGGAGCCCGGCAGCAUCUGCUCGGAUGACCAAGUGGGCGGUCUUCAUUAGUCAGUAUAAUGUGGAGUUCAGGUCACGCCCGUUAAUCAAGGGGCAAGCACUCGAUGACUUUGAAGUCGAGUGUACUGCCAGGGAGAUGACAAGAGCACAGGCCGAUACCCGGGUAGAGGACGACUGCUGGAACGCGGAAGCUGAUUUUCUAUCCAAGCUUAGCGCGGAAUCACCAGAGUACAUAAGAAAAUUAGCAACUGUCGAGGAGCUGGCAACCCCAAGUCUUAACAGAGAUGAAGUGUUUAGGGUAUCAGCUGAUCCCCCAGAAUGGUUGGACAGGUUGGCAAGAUACAUUGAGGACGGUGUGGCCCCGGAGGAUCCCCGAAAAGCGCAUUUGCUGCGAAUGAGGGCACCCACCUACAAGGUGCAGGAUGGGGUCCUCUACAAGCAAUCUUAUAAUGGUGUUUUACUCCGCUGCCACAGGGCAGCGGAGGCGAAGGCACUAAUGGAAGAGAUGCACGAAGGAAAUAUGCUCGGGAGGCCCGCCACAAACUACACACCCAUCAGCUCUGUGAUUCCCUUCUCAAGAUGGGGGAUUGAUAUUGUGGGAGCCCUGCCAAAAGGAGUUGGACAGGCAAGGUGGAUAGUGGUGGCCAUUGACUACUUUACCAAGUGGGUGGAAGCUGAACCACUUACUGGGAUAACUGGAAGACAAAUGAUCGACUUCGUGGGAACCAACAUACUUUGUAGAAUCCCGUGGACAUACAAAACAACUCCAAGGAGGGCUACGGGUGACACUCCUUUUGGCUUAGCUUAUGGUUUUGAAGCCCGGGCUCCCGUUGAGGCAGUGAUCCCUACCAGGAGAGAGAUAGAAUAUGACCCGGAAGUGAACGAAAAAAACCAAGCCAUAGAGCUAAACUUCGUAGAGAAACGGAGGGAUGAAGCACGGAUCCGGGUAGAGAAUUAUCGUCGGCAUGUGAAAUCAUACUUUGACAAUAGGGUGAAACCGAGGGCAUUCCAAGUGGGGGAUUACGUCCUAAGGAAGCGAGAGAAGAGUCAACCAACUAAGGGUGGGAAGCUGGCUAAGAAAUAUGAAGGACCUUAUAUCAUCAAGGCCGUUGUUCGCCCAGGACGGGGAGCUGGUGCUCCCAAUGAAGAACCAUCAUUGAAAGACUUCAACAAGUUUGGAGAAGCAGUCCGGCUUUCACGUGAAGGUUCCGCCUUGACAAUCGGAAAAGAAUGCCCGAGUUUAGCCCUGUUCAUCCUCUGGGUAAAGGCGAAGUCUUGGAGGGUCAUAGGUGGACUAGGAGGAGAUGGUGCAGGAAGACGAGGAUCUACUUCUAUCCUACUACUGGAAAGAUCUGAAGGCAGGGCGAGUCGGCACUUCAGGGAUAUGAGGGGAGUGCAUUCGCUAACCCUUGCUGCCCUGCCUGAACCAGAAAAGAACCCUAGAGCGGGGAGAGCUGGUUCACUUGACAAUCGAUUAUCUCAGAGCAACAGUCGAUUAUCAGGUCUCUCUGAACUUAGGACUUUCCUGCUUCUUUCUCCAUCGUGGAUGAGGCAUCCAAUUGUUUCUGCACUUCAACCUCCUUCUCUGUCGCAGAAGAAGUCUCCGGUUAAAGUUGAGCUGGUCGAAAGGGAAUCCCGGAUUUCUGAGCUGGAGAGUUCCCUCCAAGAAGCCAAGCAAGAGGGUGCCCAUCUUAAUGAUCUCGUGGUGAAACACAUAGAGGCGAAAAGGCUUACUCUCGAGAAGUUGGGGAAGGAGAGACAGACUGCCAGCGAGCUCCGGUCAAGGAUGGGUGAACUGGAGAAGGCAAUAGCUGCUCAUCAAGAAGAGGUUUCCACCCUGACUGCCCGUGCUGAAGCCCUUUAUGAAGAAGGGAAAUUUGACAUGCAACACUGCAUCUAUGAGGCGGUCCAGAGUGGUCUUCCAGCUCACCAAUCCUUGGAUGAUUUCAUCUCCCACUAUGGGUUACCUCUUCCUCUUCCUCCCCCAGAUUCUCAUGCUGACCCGGGGCCUUGACUUUCUUUUUCUUCUCUAGCUGUUGUAUUUUGCUUUGUAACAUUUAUAUGGUAACAACUUGAUAAUGCUUGCAACAUUUUGUUCUUUGCCAUAAUCUCUUUCACAUCCUUGUUUCUGUAGACUCCUUCCUUUGGGCUAACUGUUCUCCUUUUGGGAUUCUUAUCUCUCUCUAGGACUUAGCAGAAUUUUAUCCGUCUAAGCCUUGGGCUUAACCAUGUUUACAAAGUGCUGUUUUUCCUUUAUCAUUGCACUUGGUGACUGGCCCACCUUAAUUACACCGGGCCCAAUUCACCUUAGCCCAAUAAUGAAAUGGUGCAACCCUA